AUGGAACAAGAUGUCAUAAAUUUGAAAAACCAUACUACUCAAUAUAAAGUACUGAAAGAUGAAGAGAUAAAACAAAAAGCCCUGAAGACAUAUAUGGAUAGCGAUGAGUAUAAAAAAGAAGUUGAAGCAAAUGUAAAGGCAGAAAAACUUUUACAGUUGCAAAACCAAACCGUACAGUAUGAAAACUUAGCACAAGAAAGUAAAAAUAACGACGCAGCCAUGCAAAAGGCAAUGAAAAGCGCAGAAUAUAUAAAAGCUAACAAUGACUGGUUAGAUGCCCAAGCCAACGCUAAAGCAGCCCAACUUAUAGGGUCAAUAAGGACAAAAAUACAAGCGGAUGAAGACAGUUCAAAUGAAGCUUUAACGAAUACUGACUUUAAGAACGCCUUCGAAGCUCUUCAUAGUAAGGUGAAACUAGUGAACGACUUCUCAUCUGGAAAGAAACUGAAGUCUGAAGGUUUCGACAACGAGUUAAGAGAAGUAGCACAAAAUAUGACGAAAAUAACAGAUGCAGCAACGAGACAGGCAGUUCAAAGUGCCUAUGACGCCGUUAGAGCAACUGUUGUGAAAAGUCAAGAAAAAGAGUUACAACAGACCAAAACAGACCUAGUAAAUGCUUUCUUAAAAACGAAAAGUCAGGUAGGACAUUACGCUGCAGAUGGAACAUAUGUGCCAGCUGGUGGAACUUAUAUACCAGCUGGUGGAACUUAUAUACCAGCUGUUGGAAUUUAUAUACCACCAAACCCUCCAAGAGAAGCACCUGCACCAGGACUACCUAAAACAUUUACAUCGUCACAUGGACACAGACACAGGCAUGCACCAAAACCAACACAACAACCAACAGUUCAAAAUCCAGCACAACAACAACAACAACCAACACAACAACCAACACAACAACCAACAGUUCAAAAUCCAGCACAACAACAACAACCAGCACAACAACCACCUCCACAACCAGCACAACAACCAACAGUUCAAAACCCUGCACAACAACCACAAACAGAGCAAGGACAUAAAAGAAGUAGAGA